AUGUGCAGGAAGUUGUUUUGAUGGUGUUUCUUGCAUUCAGCCAUUUUGAUUACAAGUGGACCAGCCGCCUCGCGAUAAAUAUACGACGUGUUAGCUCAGCCGAAGUAGGACAUUCCACGAAGGGUUUCACGAACUGAGUCAACACUAAACAGUGCUGCUAACGACAAAAAUGGCAGUAUUUGGAUCAUGGUUUGGACGUGAAGUAGAUCAGGAUCAUGUUGACUCCAUCAACGGCUUCUGGACAGUCCUUCUAUUGGUCGUGUGUUCUGUCGGAUCAUUCGCCUUACGUUACAUCACUACACCCAUUAGUUGUUGGUGCCCUGCUGAAUUCACAAGCUCUAUGAUCUCUUACACACAGGAAUCGUGUUUUCUGAAGGACAUGUAUUAUAACAAAUCAAUGUCUGUUAAUAAUGACGACGAAACAAAACCUCCCUCUGUUCCCUCCUUCCACCUCUGGAUACCCCUCAUACUCUUCUUCCAAGCCCUCGCCUUCAAAGUACCAAACAUCUUCUGGAACAGCUGCAAGCACUUGCUCACUCUUAAUAUGGAGGAAACUGUCGAGUCCCUGAAGAGUGUACAACUGACCAGUCCGGAGAAUCGCCAGGCCAGUUUCAGUGAUGCAGCCCGGGUAUUUGGAAGUCUUCUUAGAAGAAAUCGAUUCUUUCUGGCUCUGUUGUACCUAUUUGUGAAGCUCCUCUCAUGUAUUAAUCUCAUAGCUCAGUUUAUGUUCCUGACGACUUACUUUAGACAAUACCUAGCAAUCAGGGUUGGGUCCUAUGCUGAUUUUGAUAUUGACUCCAUCAUAAAACCAUUACUUGUAAAAGAUAUAUAUUGCCAUGUUCAAGUUCAGUUCCUGCAGAAUACCCAGAUAUUUUCAGUUCAGUGUACUCUGCAAAUCACCGAAAUCUAUGAGAAGAUGUUCAUAUUCCUGUGGUACUGGGUCUUCCUUCUGGCUAUCAUCACAAUCCUAAAUCUUGUCCUGUGGGCAGGAUUUCUCUUCCUACCGUUCCUAAGAGAUGGCAGGAUAGCUGCCCACGUCAACGCUUCCAAAGGAGCUCGCCCUAACGAACCCGCUGUAACACGAUUCAUCAGCAGUUUCCUCGGAAUCGAUGGUGUGUUUAUCCUGUCUAUGAUCUGCCGGAAUUCCAGCGAGUUAGUUGCAGCAGAUCUUACCCAACAUUUGUACCAGGUGUUUCAGGAGAAGGAACGGGAAUGGCAAAACCAGCGCAACCUCUACACAGGAGAAACGGAAGGUGGCGCUGUCGUAACCGGAGCAACAGGAACCAUAGCAGCGUUACCAAUGAGGACGCUACCACAUUGUGCCGAAAGCCCGGAGAAAGCGCCUACUAUGUGAGAGUAGUGCUUAUGUAUCGUGCAUGGAACUCGAAAAAAUCGUGCAUUUGUGAAUAACGUUUUCGUGUUUCGGUAUUUCUCGUGGCUAUUCAACAUAGUUGGUAUUCCUGUCAGCUCUAAGUUGAAAUCUAGAUUUGUUUUUCUCCAAGAAUUCACUUGAUUACCGCGUCAUGUUAUAUAUGCAUCUCCUUAUAUAAAUAUAUUUAUGUGUCCUUAUAUUCACUAUUUAUUAGUUUAGAUGCUGAAUUACAAGUACCAGACUCUGAUGUGCAGUUUGCCGUUAUUUCUUUGUGUCGACGUUGUGUUUUAUAUUUCUGCUCCUUCCCAAUGUUUUGUUUGCAUGGCCUGACAGGCUCAAACUGAUAUGAAGACAAUCAGGUAGCUUGCAAAUUGGAGCCAUUUCCCUUUUACUAACUUGCAUUUACUGUUCGGUGCUCAUUUUGGACAGGCCUUAAAAACUUCUCGAAUUGCUUUGACGACCUUCUCAAUAAUCUUGAACCCCAUUCACCUCACUUCACC